CCUACCUAAAGUUGGAGUCUAGUCUAGUGUAUAAUCAAAUACAACAACUAUAUGUGAGGUUUUGUCCUAAACAAAAAGUUUAGGCCAGAAAACGUGUGUCCUGUCACAGAAGCCGAGGGAACAACCGCAAAUUCUGAUUCAGAGGAAGAUAUACCCCUGCAGAAUGAGCCGGAAGCUGAUGAUACAGAUAGAUACAGUGACAAUCAAAAUAGUACUUACCAAGAAAUUGAAGAAGAAAUUAUUGAGGAGCUUGUAUUAGAUCCUUUCCUGUUAGAACAAGAGAUGUCUAAUGUUGAAUUUCAACCGGAAAAAUUGCGCCUUAGCGACUUAACCGGAAUUCCAUCCGUGGAUUCCCCCACGGUUCAGCUAAAUAAUAGUAAUCAUGAUGCUCUAAGAAGGUACAGGCCACUUUACAUAGCAGCUGAAAGAGGAGACUGGGAAAGUGCUAAAGAGCUAUUCGACAAAGAUCCUGAAUCACUAACAGCACUAAUCACAGCGGAAAGGGAUACUGCGCUACUUAUAGCUGUAGAUAGAAAACAUUGGAGGUUUGCGGAAAAUCUCAUAAAGCUCAUGCCAGGGGAAGCACUUCAACUACAGGAAACUGAAUACGGCAACACAGCACUUCACAUUGCAGCUAGAGAAGGAAAAAAGGAAAUCGCCGAAGCGAUAGUGAAUAAAAAUCCUAAUGCGACACAGAUACGUAACAAACAAGAUGAAGUACCACUUGCAACUGCUACAUUAUCUGUCUCACGUGGACAAAAAGAUAUAAUCGAGUAUCUUUGCAACGUUACAAGAGACGAGGAAUCAAGUCCUUUUUCUGGUCCUGACGGCGCUUCACUACUGUGCGAUGUAAUAAAAGCCAAUUUCUACGGUAUUGGAUUGUUUAUCUUCAAACGAUAUCCCAAAGUGAUAAUCGAAAAAACAAAGAACCUUAAGAUGUGGCCAUUAGAAGCCAUUGCUAACAGACCAUUUUCUUUUAAAAGUGGGAGUAAAUUAAACUUUUGGCAACACAACAUAUACACAUACAUGAGUACUCCAAGUUGUUACCGAGGCAUGGGAGACAUAGAGAAUCCAUCUGAGUGCCCAAAGGUGGAUAGAGAAAUCUUUGCCAAGUUUUUCACCAGCAUCCUUAACUACUUAAUACCUCGAGUCCCUAGUAUCAAAGAAUUAUAUGCGCAGAAGUUAGUACAUGAAGAAGCAGCCACGUUGGUCAAAGAUAUGAUUGCACAGCUUGAGAAAUUGACAACUAAGACUGAAGCAUUAAGCUUUUUUGAAAAUUCCUAUGCCUUGAAGACUGCUAUAAAGGAUGGAACAACUGAAAUUGUGGAGGAAUGCCUAAGAGUAUUUCCUGAUUUAGUGUGGAUUGAAACAAACAAUCAAACAUUGAUACACAUUGCAAUUGAGGAACGAAAUGAAACGAUUGUAAAGCUCAUAUGUGAGACAAGUGAUGAGGAUGAUAAAAAUGAACUUCUUUCAAGAGGAGAUACACAUGGUAAUGGAGUCUUGCAUUUUGCUGCAAAGUUAGCGUCUUCUACUCAACUUAAUCUUGUCUCUGGUGCAGCUCUUCAGAUGCAAAGAGAGAUGCAGUUUUUCAAGGGUAUGGAAAAAAUGGUAGGAAGGACUAACAGAUUGGUGAGAAAUAAAGAUGGAAAUACAGCUCAAUUUAUGUUUACCAAGGAACACGAUAAAUUGAGGAAGGAUGGAGAAGAAUGGAUGAAAGGCACCUCUAGUCAUUGCAUGGUUGUAGCUGCUCUUAUAGCUACGGUUGUUUUUGCUGCAGCUUUUACGGUGCCUGGUGGAAGCUUUAGUGAUGGGAAUGAUAGUAAGAAAGGCAUCCCAAUCUUCUUACAUAAGACUUCAUUCAUGGUGUUUGCCAUAGCAGAUGCAUUGGCUCUUUUUUCCUCUGUCACAUCAAUCCUUAUGUUCUUAGCCAUUUUAACAUCAAGGUAUGUAUGCAGCUUCUAAAUUAAGUUUCUCGGAACUCCAGUGGACACACAGACUGCCGUAUUCUGGUUAAGUUAUCUACUCUUAUUUACUUUAGCCACUUGAUCAGCCAUAUCUAUGCAUACUCUAUCUACAUACACACAAGAUCGUUGAGGGUUUUGACCCAACAAAUUUAAAGUCCUACUAACCAGAACACGCUGCCACGGUGGAAGGACCGACCGAAGAAAAACGAAACACCAUUGAUUGCAUAACGUUUUAUACGGGCCGACCGAAGAAAAACGAAACACCACUGGUUCAAUAACGUGUUAUACAUCUUCUUUUUGUUGGAAUGUUAUUUUUGAGGCUUAUAUAUCAUUUUAAUGGUUGCAUAAGGCUGCAUAACAAAUUAGUGGAUGUAUGAACCAAAAUACGACUGUAUAAACUGUUAUGCAUUUUUUGUGGUGGCUCCA